AUGGUUAAAAAAAUAGAUAAAUCUUUAAAUACAAAUAUACACCAAUAUCAUAUUGUUGGAAGAGCUAUUCCUACAGCUAAGGAUAAGAACCCAAAUGUUUAUCGCAUGUGUAUAUUUGCUAAGAAUGAUACUAAUGCAAAAUCUCGCUUUUGGUAUUUUAUGAAAAAGAUUAAUAAACUUAAAAAAUCUAAUGGAGAAUUAUUAGCAUGUGAACAAAUUAAAGAAAGGUUUCCCUUACGUGUAAAGAACUAUGGUGUUUUAUUAAGAUAUGAUAGUAGAACAGGUACUCAUAAUAUGUAUAAAGAAUUUAGAGAUACAACGAAAGAAGGAGCUAUAGCUCAAUUAUAUUCUGAAAUGGCUGGUAGGCACAGAGCAAGAGCCUCAUCUAUUAAUAUUAUAAGAAUCUCUGAAAUAAGUUCUAGUUUAGUCAGGAGACCACAUAUUAAACAAUUAUUAAAAAGAAGACUAAGAUUUCCAGCAUUGCAUUUACCAACCUUACAAAAGGAAUAUAGAAAGAAAUUUGCAUCAAAAAGACCAUCCACAUAUAGAAUGUAA